UAGUGAUUCAUUGUGGAGUACAUACAGUAUUACGACAUGUGUGAUACUUUUUCAGUGACACAGUGAAUUGUUCCAAAAUGUUAGUAUACAAAAUUUUGUUUCUUUUAUGCUUUGGAUAUUGUGUAGUAUAUUCUCAACUAAGUAUACCAGAGGCACUUAAAGAAUGCUAUAUAAAUCAUACUAAAAAUGAGAUUUUAUUGCCCUUAAAUAUACGUACAUUCAUUGAUAUUUUACGAAAAGCUGAAAUAGAAACAUUUACUACUAUGGAUAUGAGAACAUUCUCUUCAGCACUGUUACACAGGUUUAAAUUUGAUGGGGUUCAAUACGUCGAAGGCUUGGAUGAAAUUGAAGGAAUAUUGCCAUUUAUUGGAAGUGGAGCACAACGAACAAAAAAUAGAAUAAUAGAAGAAUUAGUUCCAGGCGAUGCAGAUGCUUUUCCUUCUACAAUACUCUCACAAUUAGAACGAUGCACUCUUCAUUUUGCCAUCUCAAACACUAUAAAUGAAUAUAAAUCUACAAAUACAAACAGUAUGUGCCAAGAAAUUGGGAAUCGAGAAAAAUUAACUGGAAGAACAAUAUCGAUUAAUGCAAUAGAUUGCCCAAGGGAAUAUGGAGUAAUUCUUACUCCAUAUGGCACAAUUGCUCCUGGAGCUGUUAUAGGAGCAAUUGCUGCAAGUUUACAGCAUCAAAAUGUUAUUUUGAAUCAAUUACUUGCAUCAUCAGCUAUAACUUUUACAAAUGUACAAAAUUUAAAUUACAAUGAAGAUGAGAUUGAUCUUAUUAUACCAAAAGAUCAAAUGAUUAUUGAAAGAUCAAUGUGGCAGCAAUCUAUAAAUAAUUCAGGAAUAUCAAUUGAUAAUAUAUGGCUUACUACAAUUGCUGGUGAUUUAGGUGAAAUGGUAAUUUAUCAAGGACCUUUAGUAGAAGCAAAAAUGACAUUAGGAGUAACUGGAUUUUGGAAUAGUACUAUAUAUCCUAAUAUUUAUUAUCUUACAAAAAAUCCUGAUAGCUAUGAUGCAACACGAGCUGAAAUAGUUGGUGACAUUGAUGGUUUAAUACUUGCACAUAAUUUACAAACAUGGACUAAUAAUUUUAAUAGUCUUCGUCUUAGCCAGAUUUUUGACAUGUAUUAUUCUGAUCAAGGCAUUAAUUUUGAUUCAAAUAUCAAAGCUUGUAAUCGAAAAAUAGCUUUUACACAAGUUACAUCAAAAACUAUUUUAAGAGAACAAACACAUGCAGUAUCAUAUUUAUUAGCAUAUCGUAAUAGCAUAGCACACAUAUCCGAUGAGGCAUUAAAACGACUGGUUAACUAUGCUGUUGAUACAUUUACAAAUUAUACAGAAAAACAUUUACUUACAGAAUCACAUUGUUAUAAUAAAAAUAUUCAAUUACAAGCAGAGAUAAUAAUUGUUUUUGAUGGUGCAUGGACCCCAGAUUAUACAAAGGAUUUUAUUUCAGUUCUAUUAGAAGAUUUAGAUGUGUCAAUAUAUGGUUCUAAAAUGGGUAUAUUACAUGGUUCAACAGGAAAUUGGUUACUUAAUGUCACUAAUAGUCCAUCAUUUGCAUAUGAAACUAUAUAUAAUUUUACAAAAGUAUCAUGGCCCAAUCAAUUAAAUUAUGCCAAAACACUUCAAACAAUAUUUACUUAUUUAAAUACUACAUUGCAAGGAAAUCAAAAAAAGCAUAUAAUUGGUAAUUUAGGACAAGUUAUAAUCUUACUAGUUCCAUUAGCAUAUAUGACUGAUACAGAACUAAAAUCAGCUCUAAUGUUAUUACAACAAAUCAAAUUAUAUUACCCAGACAUACAUUUCUUAUAUUAUACAUCAGAGUAUAAUGCAUAUUUAUUUCAACCUUUUAUAAUAUCAAAAGAAGAUCAUUUAAUAAAGACUUUGCAAAUUGAUGAUAUUAUUAGACAUUUUAAUACAGUAUCUUGGCUAUUAAGACCUUUACCAAAUAUAAUUACAAAUACUGAAAAUUAUAAAAAUCAAAUGGAAAAUUAUGUAGCUCCAUCACAAUCUACUUUAUACAAAUUACAUGCACACUGGAGAAAAAAUACAAAAAAAACAACUGUUACAUUUCAUAAUGUUGGGUAUGGUGAAAUUAAGGUAUGCUCUUGGAUUCAGUUUAAUGAUACAGAAAAGAAAUAUAAUGAAUAUUGUAAAGAUGCAAAUGGACAUAAAGAUAUUGUACUAACAGAUUAUACUUUCUGUCCUGAUAAGAAAAUUUGUCCUCACAUAUAUUAUCGUGUACAGAAUGUAACUUCUUUACGUAAAUGUGUAGAAUUAGAAUGUAAAACGCCUGAUCAUGUGAGAUAUAUUGUCAGAAUAGAAAAUACAUAUUAUAAGAAUGCUGCAAACAGAGAUAUAUCAUCCACAGUAUUUUCAACAUUGAUCUGUUUUUUCUUUAUAAUUUUUAAGUAAUAAAUUAUAUUAAAGCUC